AUGUUGUCCGCACGUCGAUUGCUCGUUCCUCGCUUGUCGAGAUGCUAUGCUUCAGCUGCUGCAAGCCGUGUGGUUGAUUCUUCAUCAUCCUUUGCUGGUGGCAAUCAUACUCCUUAUUUCCCUGAUGAGCCCAUGGGACCAUCCAUGUUGACCAAUGUCCCCGGUCCUGAAUCAAAGCGUAUCAUUCAACGUUUGGAUCAGUAUCAAGAUACUCGUUCCGUAUUCUUUGUUGCAGACUUUGCACGCUCCAAGGGCAAUUACAUUGUGGAUGCUGAUGGCAAUACCAUGCUUGACGUGUUUGCACAAAUCGCUUCUAUUCCUGUUGGCUAUAACAAUCCCGCCUUUUUGAAGCUAUCAAGCGACCCUGCCUUUCAAACAGCAUUGGCCAACCGUGCGGCAUUAGGUGUCAACCCCAACAAGGAUUGGGUUGAGUCCGUGGAAAAUGCCUUCAUGCGUGUAGCUCCCAAGGGCAUGUCGAACGUGUUUACAGUCAUGUGUGGUUCGUGUGCUAACGAGAAUGCCUUCAAGACCGCUUUCAUGUACAAGGCUGCUAAACGACGUGGUGAAAAGGAAUUUACCAUGCAAGAAUUGUCGUCGUGUAUGAGCAAUCAAGCGCCAGGUGCCCCUGAUGACAUGGCCAUUCUCAGCUUCUCUCGUGGUUUCCAUGGUCGUCUUUUUGGAUCACUCACUGCUACCUCUAGCAAGGCUAUUCACAAGAUUGACAUUCCUGCCUUUGAUUGGCCCAAUGCACCUUUCCCCCAGCUUCGUUAUCCAUUGCAUGAAAACGAAGCUUACAAUCGCCAAGUGGAACAAGCAUCUCUCAAGGAAACAGAAAACAUGAUCCAAAAUGGCAAGAAAACGAUCGCAGCUGUCAUUAUUGAGCCAAUCCAAUCCGAAGGCGGUGACAAUCAUGCUUCCCCCGAAUUCUUCCGCGAAUUGCAAGCUAUUUGCAAGCGCAAUGAUGUCCUUUUCAUUGUCGAUGAAGUUCAAACAGGUGUUGGCGCCACUGGUACCUUUUGGGCUCAUGAAGCAUGGAACUUGCCUACCCCGCCUGAUAUGGUCACCUUCUCCAAGAAAUUCCAAGCUGCCGGUUUUUACACCAGCCCACACUUGAGACCCGCUCAACCUUAUCGCCUCUACAACACCUGGAUGGGUGAUCCUGUGCGUGCUAUGCAAGCUGCUGCCAUCGUCAACGAAGUGUAUGAUAAGGACUUGUUGCAAAACGUCCGCAAUGUGGGUCACUAUCUUCAAACCAAUCUCCAACAAAACCGCAAGAUUGAGUCGGUGCGUGGUCAAGGUGCCUUUAUUGCCUUUGAUCUUGAAAAUCCUGCCCAACGUGACAAGUUCUUGCUUGACAUGCGACAACUUGGUGUGAAUGUGGGUGGUUGUGGUGAAAAGACUGUGCGUCUGCGACCCAUGUUGACCUUCCAAAAGCACCAUGCUGAUAUUCUCUUGGAUACCAUGGAUAAGGCCUUGUAA